CAGCUUUAAAUUCAUAAUUUAGGGUAUAAAUACCCCGGGAUCUUUCCAGUGUAAUCAGUGUAGACCAUAACAAUAUUUCAAGCGUUGCGCCAUGUUAAAAAUUUUACUGUCACUAUCUUUUGUAUGCUUUCUUAUGGCUUACAUACAAGCCAAUCCUGAAGAAGCUAGCAGACGUCAUAAACUCUGCAUUCGCACCUUCGAUAAAUGUAUCGAAAAUGAAGCUAGAUUGGGAAAACAAGACGAUACUUCCAAGUUCUUUAACGACUAUUGUCGCCGUUCUGAUUCUGGCUGGUCAGAUGUAAGCAGAUGUGAUCUUCUCCGUAUAGCCUGUUUAUCUACUGUGCGCGAUUGCGAAACACCGACUUGCAAGAAUGUUGCCCACCGCAUGCGUCUUUGGUAAACGUUUUAAGAGCACUG